AAAAACCAAACAGGUCUCAAAUUAAAUCCCAAAGUAUGAAGACCUCCAACAUCUUCCUCCUCUUCUUACUCGCAUCUUUCGUUAUCAUAGGAAAUAUGGAAGUGGCUAUGGCGACGAGAACGGUUGAAGAAAAUGGAGGAAAAAAGUGCGAGAGAGGAAGUGUGGACAUAGUGAAUGGAUGUGUUGAUUCCGACUGCGACAACGGAUGCAGGGUGAACUAUGGGAGCACAGCUACUGGUGCAUGCAAAACCAAGACUUUAUGUGUUUGCUAUGGCCCAUGUUAAAUUAAUUAGUAGUAUAAGUUACUAUGGAGCUAUAUCGGGUGUGAUACGA